GGGAGCCCUGCCAUUGGGCUGAGAGGGGGAGGAGGGUUCAGGAGGUUGAGUCUAGUGGGGAAAGGACAUGGGUGAUGGGGUAAAUACUGCAUUGUUAUUGGGGAAGGGACUGGAAAUCUCUUCUAGCUCAGAUAUACCUCCUGAGUUAGCAUCUGCUUUAACUUCUAAAACCAUGUGAGGUGGAAUUUACAGUGAGCUGCCAGCAGACAUCAGUGGGGAAGCUUGAGGGUCUCUAACUACUGCCCCAUCAAAAUCAUGCCAGGGGUACUUUAGAGUGGUUGCUCACCGGGUGAGAUCGCCUCCUGGAGGUGGAAUCCUUAAGCCAAGACUUUUACUGAUACAUGUUGGUGUCUGAUUGCGGGAAAGUGGCAGCAGCCUGAGGAAGGGGCAACAUGUCUUGGCAAGUUGGGAGCUGCCCUCAGCUCUCAGAAUGAACUUUCAGGCCAGGCUUUUUGCCCGCUGUGGGGUCAGGUUGCUGUCUCAGUCCUGGAGUCUCUUCUCCCAGGCUGCAGAGGAUAUGACAUUCCGAAAGAUUCAGAAGGUCCUCUGUGUGGCAGAGAAAAAUGAUGCUGCCAGAGGAAUUGCAGAUAUUCUCUCCAAUAGCAGAAUGAGGCGGAGAGAAGGGUUUUCCAAAUUCAACAAGAUCUAUGAAUAUGACUAUCAUAUGUUUGGCCAGAAUGUUACUGUGGCGAUGACCUCUGUUUCGGGACAUUUGCUGGCUCAUGACUUUAAGAUGCCAUUUCGCAAAUGGUAUAGCUGCAACCCACUUGUACUCUUUGAAGCUGAAAUUGAGAAAUACUGCCCUGAAAACUUUGUGGAUAUUAAGAAAACCCUAGAACGAGAAGCCCGGCAGUGCCAGGCUCUGGUGAUCUGGACCGACUGCGAUCGAGAAGGAGAGAACAUUGGUUUUGAGAUAAUCCAUGUUUGCAAAGCUGUGAAGCCAAGCCUUCAGGUGUUCCGAGCCCGCUUUUCCGAGAUCACUCCUCGUGCCGUAAGAGCAGCCUGUGAGAACCUCGUCCAACCCAAUCAGAACAUUAGCGAUGCUGUGGAUGUCAGACAGGAGCUGGACCUUAGGAUAGGUGCCGCCUUCACCAGAUUCCAGACCCUGAGGCUCCAGAAGCUCUUCCCCGACGUUCUAGCCGAGCAGUUGAUCAGCUAUGGUAGCUGUCAGUUCCCAACUCUGGGAUUUGUGGUAGAAAGGUUUAAAGCCAUCCAGGCCUUUGUUCCUGAGGCCUUCUAUAAAAUUAAAGUGACCCAUGAACAUGAGGACGGCAUGGUAGACUUCAACUGGAAGAGGAACCGACUCUUUAACCACACAGCAUGCCUUGUCCUGUACCACAUGUGUAUGGAGGAUCCGACGGCAACUGUUGUCGAGAUUGGGAGCAAACCGAAGAGCAAAUGGAGGCCCCUGGCACUAGACACUGUGGAACUUGAGAAGCUGGCUUCCCGCAAGCUGAAAAUAAAUGCCAAAGAAACCAUGAAAAUAGCAGAAAAGCUCUACACUCAAGGGUACAUAAGCUAUCCCCGAACUGAGACCAACAUUUUCCCCAAAGACCUAAACCUCUCUUCUUUGGUACAACAGCAGACCGAAGACCCCAACUGGGGAGCCUUUGCACAGGGGAUUCUAGACCGGGGUGGGCCAACCCCUCGGAAUGGGACCAAAUCCGAUCAGGCUCACCCUCCCAUUCACCCCACUAAAUAUGCAUGUAACCUGCAGGGGAAUGAACAGCGACUGUAUGAAUUCAUUGUGCGUCACUUUUUGGCUUGCUGCUCCCAGGAUGCCAAGGGACAAGAAACAACUGUGGAGAUUGACAUUGCUAAUGAGCGAUUUGUUGCUCAUGGGCUCAUGAUCCUGGCCAGAAACUAUCUGGACGUCUAUCCUUAUGAGAAGUGGAGUGACAAGGUUCUCCCAGUGUACGAGAGGGGGUCUCGCUUUCAGCCCACCACAGUGGAGAUGGUGGAUGGGGAGACCAGCCCACCCCAGCUCCUCACCGAAGCCGAUCUCAUUUCACUCAUGGAGAAACAUGGCAUCGGGACUGAUGCCACUCACGCUGAGCACAUCGAGACCAUCAAGUCACGGAUGUACGUGGGGCUUACUCCAGAUCAGAGGUUCCUUCCGGGGCACCUGGGCAUGGGGCUGGUAGAAGGCUACGAUUCUAUGGGCUACGAGAUGUCAAAACCUGACCUUCGUGCUGAACUGGAGGCUGAUCUGAAGUUGAUUUGCGAGGGGAGGAAGGACAAAUUUGUGGUGCUGAGGCAGCAGAUCGAGAAGUACCAGAAAGUCUUCACUGAAGCCGUGGCCAAAGCCAACAAGUUGGAUCAGGCUUUGUCUCAGUAUUUCGGAGAAGUAACGGCACUUGCGCAGCAAGAGGAGAUCUACCCAGCCAUGCCCGUCUCCAUUCGGAAAUGUCCACAGUGCAACAGUGACAUGGUCCUGAAGAGCAAGAAGAACGGCGGGUUUUAUCUCGGCUGCGUGAGCUAUCCUACCUGUAAAGCGGCUGUGUGGUUUCCUGACUCUGUGCUGGAAGUCAGCAAGGAUGACAGUGUCUGUGCUGUGUGUAAACCCCAUCCGGUUCAUAGGCUGAAAUUUAAGUUCAAGCGAGGUAGCGUCCCACCCCUGCUGCCCCUGGAAUUUGUUGGCUGUAUUGGAGGUUGCGAUGAGAUGUUGAGAGAGAUCUUGGACCUGAAAUAUUUACAAGGACCAUCCAGCCGGGUACAGUCAGUCAACCUGCCAGCUAACUACCUACAAGCCAACCAGUCCCUUAACCGCAUGGCCAGCUAUGAGAAUGGCCACGUGAGACCUACCACAAACCCUGGUGCAGCAAGAGCACCCCGAGCUGCUCAUCAUCCAGCUCCUGCCGCUGCUGCCGAGAACAAUGCCGUGGUGUGCAACUGUCGGGAGGAGGCAGCAUUGCUCACGGUGCGUAAAGAAGGGCCCAACCAGGGCAGGCAGUUCUAUAAAUGCAGUGCCGGCAGCUGCAACUUCUUCCUCUGGGCCGAUCAACAAUCGGAUGAUGGAAACAGCGUAACCCACAGGAGCUUUUCUGCACCCCCGGAUUCCUUGGGUGAAAGGCCUCCAGGAAGCUUCAGGAGCCUUGGAGGAGGAGGAAGAGGUCUGGGUCGCUAUGGAAGCAACGGUUUCGACUCGGGCGGAGGGGGCGGUGGCGCGAUGUGUAAGUGCGAUCAGCCGGCCAUCACACGCACCGUCCAGAAGGAGGGACCCAACAAAGGGCGUCAGUUCCACACCUGCCCGAAGCCGAGAGAGCAGCAGUGCGGCUUCUUCCAGUGGGUGGAUGAAAACGUGGCCCCAGGAGCCUUCUCUUCAAACCAAUUCAGGAGCGAUGGGCACUCAAGAGGGUCUGGUAGCAAAGCUAAAAGACCAAGUACUUUCUCUUCUGAGAAAGGACCUACUGCCAAGAGACAACGAACCUGUGGCAUUUGCCACCAGCUUGGUCACACCAGGAAGACAUGUCCUCAGGACCACUGAGGAAGGACAGUAGAUGCUCUUGUAGGAAACAUUAAAAAAAGCCAGAGUCCUGAACUGCUCCAGGAGUGGCUGGCUGUAGCGAUGCAGUGGAUUUUAAAAGCAGAAUGUCUCUGGGGCUUGUGUUCAAACUACUUCCUGGAAAUUGUGGCUAAAGCACAUCUUCUCUUGGUGGUGACCAGCACACUCAACUACGCCUUGGAAAGUUUCAUUCUGACUUAUUCAGACACUGGGCUAUCUUCUAAAGGAGGCUCAACUACUGCUGCCUUCCUUGGUUUAUUAUUAUUCUGGGGGCUAUUUUGUAAACACAGGCAUUGUUUCCAAAACCCCUUCUCAGCUAAAGCUUUGGAGAAAAAUACAGAUGGUUGUUGGGAAGUGGAAGAGGACUUUCACAGAGCUGCCAACCCUGAAUCUCGCCACAGCCGCCAUUCCCCCAGGCCCUUCUGUCUAGGAAAUAGUAGGGGGCCAAAAAGAGUAGCACUAAAGGAAUUGGAGGAAACCUUUUACCCACACUGCUGGAGCAGCUGGUGUGGGUUGUUUGCAGACCAGGGAGCAGUUAGGGAUGAUGCUGUCCAGGAAACCAUCUGUUGAUGGUUGUGAAUCAGUUUUUCUGGCUUCUCACAGGGUGGGAUUUGAUAUUUUAAGUUACUCUUCCAGGUUGGGGUUAGUCAGUCAGUCUGUUCCCCAACACCCUUGGCCCUUGCCUCAAAGGAGAAUUAACGGCAGAGAAAGUAAAGCCUCACUCCCUGGCCCUGAAGAGGGAGCUCAGUGCAAGUGCUCAAACAAGAGAACCUGCACUUAGGUUGAUAUUGAAUUUAGAACCCAGCUACUCCUUGGACACUGUGAGCAAGGGAACUUAAUGAAGCUGCUAGUUAAUGCAAAUUAUUUUGGGCAGAUUGAUGUGCUUUUAAUAAAAAAGAGAACUCUAUUUUACCUCAGCUGUGUGUUAAAUUAUGCCCAGGAAUGGUGUCACUAUCUCUCUCUCUCAUAUUACCCCCUCUGGCCUAAAUAAGUUGACUGUAGGCUCAGCUGAAAACUCUUUUCCUAAAAGCAGCUGUUUCCACCACUCCCCCCCUCAGCCAUUCACUGGAAUAACAUGGCCACUUGCUGGGCAAUAAGUCCAGGGAGCUUUAUUUAGAAGGGAUCUGAAAAAGGAAAAAAGCCCAAACUUGUUCCCUGCUGGCUGCUCUUAUUGUGUCUUCCAGGACUUUAGAGCUGUGCUCCGGCUCUGCUCCACUGCUCCGGGCUCCACUCCAAAGCCCGGGAUUGUCAUCCACAGUCUAAAGCAUUAAUGAAAUGACACUUACAAGCAGCUGAAAGUCCAAGGGAAGGGGAUUCUGAGUCAAACUAUUCUGUCUCCAAACUGUUAAAAGUUGUUAAGUUUAUUAGUCUGUACAUGAUCACCUGCAAAACAAGAGUUGACUUGAUAUUGCUCAGGAAAGAGGAAGAGUUCAGGCUGCCUUUAUACAUCACAGCAGAAGAGGGCAUACAAGCUUAGUUUAAAGUCCUUUGGCAUUCAACAUGCAGCUUGCCUGUACCUCUGAAAACUCCCCCUCCCCCCCCGGGUAGCUAGUGGAGCUGUUUCAAAGACCGUCUUGACUUCCCUUUUCUUAGCAGGCACUGCAAAUAAAGCUCUAGAAAUACACAAACAGGAAUCCCUUUGUUAGUACAGAGAAGAGGCUGAAGGUUCAGCAGCCAGAGGGAAAGAAGCAAAAAUGUGUGCUAGAUGGGACUUUAGUCCGAGAAGCUGAUCUGAUCAGUUAUAGGUAGUCCUGGUCACAUGUUACUCCCCAGUUCCUGGGGUGAGCACAUCUCAGUUCUUCCCCAGAGAGCCAGUCCCAUUUUAAAAUGCUCAAGGAUGAGGGCAUGGGAAGUAUCCUUCCUCAAACUGAAUUACAGCAGCUUCCCCCCCUUCAGACAACGUUGCAGUAAUCCUCCUGGGAUCAGGACAAAAUACAAAGUAAGGUUAACAGAAAUACUACGUCACAUGUUCCAUUUUACUUCUCUGUCCUUCACUCCUACUGGUAGGAGCAGCUGUGACCUAAAAAUACAUCCUGGCCCUGCUGGCUAAAAUCGAAGGAUUGAGAGGCUUUGUAGGGCUGGCUGAAUACUGGAGCAGAACUUUAGUCAGCACUAUUAGAACUACAGUGGCAGUAAACUGGCUGCAGCCUAUUCAACCCACAGAAGCAAGGCCCUCCUGCUUACUGCCACACAGCUAAAAUAUUAGCAGCAUGAUCUCAUAUCGGUUUCACCGCACAACACAAAGUGUGGUUUAAAAGUAGCAUCCCUAUUUGGCCAGUUGAGUACUUCAAUUGUCAGAGCACUGUUUUGAAACUCUAGUAGCACGUACAGGAAUUUUGUUCUCCAGGGAAACAAAAGCAGCAAGAAAUGCCUUUUACGCUUUAGCUGAUCGUGAAAUAGAAUUAAAGGCCUGAGCCCCUCAACUCGUGAACUGCCAUUUCCUGAGUGAAAUCUCCCCUCAGUGUGUACGUUGUGUAGGGGCUGGAGGAAAGUGAGAGACUUGUACUAUCUUUAAAGCAACGGGGAGUCAUCAUCUGGUAGCGAGGGCCAUAAGUACCUGGAUAGGCAGAGCAAAUGCAGUUAUCCAAACACAAGAGACCCAUUCCGCAGUGAGGUUUUAUUCUUGUCACUAGCAUUUGGAACAUGGUUUAGUGCCUACAGAUCAAGUAGUCUUCAGAUUGAGGGAAUCACAGUGCACAGAGAAAUAGAUUAUUCUUCCCCCCCCACCCCCCAAAACACAAAAUACUAUCUCCACAAAGAAAACUAAACACCAGUCGAUACUCACAUUAAAAGGCUGCAGGUUUAUUUUCCACCCAUAUGUGCAAAAUAGGCAUGGUUCUUAAUUCAUGAGAACAGUCAGAAAACAUAUUUCUAGUAUCUGAAAUAGAGCUGGUACCAAAGUAAAUCUCUCAGCAGCACUAUAAAACCAACUCAUUCUUAACAGGAAGACAAACAUAAAAUCACUUCAGCUCUUGCUAACAGAAGCCUUCUGAUUAAAGCAUUGUCCCCAUCCUGCCCCUUUCUGGGGGUAAGCAGUCUUAUUGGUUACCAAGAAGGGGCAGGAUAUCUAGAUAGAAGCAACACAUGCAUAAAACACUUGAAUCUGAAAAGCUGGAGUGGGGACUGUCAACAUGAUUCAUUUUAAAGCAGAGGGGGACGUGGGUACAACAGCAGUAGGUCCAGCACUGUUCUACCUUGCAGCCAUGCGACAGUCUUGUGUGUGUCCACAGCUGUAGGACCCAUCUCUCUCCCUCAGUCACCACCACCCUUAAUCCCGCCGUGGAGCCCCCGCUGAAGUGCAUAAGGAGGGAGAGUUAAAACAUAAAAAAAGACUCCCAAACGGGUACUGAACCCCUAGUAUUAGAGCUCACAUUAACAGAACGAGCAACACCGGUUAGAUUUAGCUUGUCCUGUUGGGAGCUACAUUAGUAACACUGAAAGUGCGUCAGGAAAAAACAGAUGGGAUUUGAUUGGCUAUGGCAAUAUCCUGUGGUGCAUAAUCAGUUUCAACUGAUCCUCUCCUCAGCCCUGUCCCUUCGAUGCUGCCAAAAUCCUGGGUUUGCAAAUUCAUACCAGGUUCCAACACCACCCUCUUAUAAGUUUAGAGUCUGACACUUGAAGAGUGAAUUUUGUGCUCGUGUAAGGGGCUGGAUUGAGAGCCCUGAAGACAAGUCCAGUUUAUACACAGCCCAGGUACAGUACAAGCAGCGGCAGUGUAAGGUUCCCCACACUCACCAGUGAGGGUCUGGUCUGGAGGGACUACCUCCAGGAACAAGGGGAAGUUCAGUUUCCAGGCCCAUUCAAUCCUGGGCCGCCUCAUGCUAUCGUGCCAACCGUGACGGCAGUUUGGUAGGGACAGGACGGAGACCAAACUCACUUCAACCAGGCCUCACCACUCAAUAGAUGAUACCCGACUUCUCGUGACUACAGCCAUGGGCUGGAUUGGAAGUGGCGAGACCUGGUGGUGAUGGGCUCCAGAUCCCAUUUCCCAUCCCUUUACUCAGGCA